AUGGCCGGACGGUGUCAGUACUUCCCCAUCUGGUGUUUGGUGCUUGCUGUGUGCUGUGUGUUUCUGGUGCGCCACUAUACCUACCCUAAUGCGAGAUUACAUUGUGUGGGGCGUGUUUACGAGGGUCCCGUUCUGGUGCGGAUGGUAGCGUGGAGUGAUCAGCGUGUGGAACCUAUCUUCCAGGCUAAGGUUUACGAUGGUACCGAGUGUGAUCGCGUCUGCACUGAGAACGAAGUCCCACGGAUAUGCUACUUCAAGUGGAUCGCGGAACACUACGCCGCCAUGGGAUCUGCCUGUGGUGACUGCCGGUGGGGCAAUCGGAGUCACUGCUUCCAUCCGCAGUGCGUCACGGCGGAUGGGAUGGAGCGAGGCGUGCUCACGCUGAACCGCCAGAUUCCGGGACCAACGAUCUACGUCUGCAAGCACGACAUGAUCGUGGUCGACCUGAUGAAUCACAUGGAGGGCUUGGAGUCGACGAUCCACUGGCACGGCAUCCACCAGUCGGACACACCCUGGAUGGACGGUGUUCCGAUGAUCACACAGUGCCCCGUGCCUUCCAGUGCCACCUUCCGGUACGCAUUCAACGCGUCGGAAGCUGGCACUCAGUUUUAUCACUCACACUCCGGCCACCAGAAGGCGAAUGGACACUACGGACUGUUCGUAGUACGGUCGCCGACCGACAUCAACCGGGAUCUGUACGAUCAUGACCUGAGCGAGCAUCAUAUAGUUAUUUCGGACUGGACGCUCGAUUUGGUCGAAAAGUUUGUGCCGGGACUUCAGAGUAGUACCGUACAGAUGGAUUCAAUCCUUAUCAACGGUCGGGGGCGCCAUUAUGACGAUGUAGAGAAAGAGUUACAAAUUCAAGCACCUCUGACUGUGUAUCGCGUGAAGAAGGGUUUAAGGUAUCGGUUCCGACUAAUCAGUAGUGGAAGUCAGUUCUGUCCGUUCCAACUUCAGAUUGAAAAUCAUCGAAUGCUACUCAUCUCCACGGACGGUGGCGCGGUAAAGCCAAAGAUGAUAGACACACUCAUUUCAACGUCCGGGGAGCGGUACGACUUCGUCCUUUCCGCCGAUCAGAAACCUGGCAACUACUGGGUGCGCGUCCGCGCCAUCGGGUUCUGCAAUAUCGAGCGAAGGGAAGAAUUCGCCAUCCUGUCCUACGCAGACGAGCACACCGUAACGGAUGAGGAACUAGCCUACCCGAAACCGAGGCCGCCCACCUGGGGCGAACGUUUUCCCUCGGGAACGGUUCUGAACAACCCGAACGCGACCUGCUACGUGCCGGACGACGACGACCUCUGCGUGGCCGACCUGGAGGCGUACGAGUCGCACCGGGACGACAGCCUGAUCGAUGCGGCCCCGGACAAGCAGUUCCGCAUCCUGUUCAACACGUUCACCGCCGACCCGAACAUCCUCUUCUCCGACCAGGGUUACGUCCGCUACAUGACGGUCGUACUCACGCUCAACAACAUCGGUGUCACGAACAACAUCAGCAUGGUCUUUCCGGACUUUCCGCUGCUCACGCAACCGGAACUGAUUACCGGCGACACGCCGUUCUGCAACGAAACGCACAAGCCGGCCAGCUGCAAGCCGCACCGGGCCUGCUUCUGCCUCCACCGGCUCAAAGUUGCCCUGAACGACGUGGUCGAGAUGUCGCUGAUCGACGAUGCGGAAGUUAUCCGCGAUUUGUACCACCCGUUUCACCUGCACGGCCAUCGAUUCAUCGUGACGGGCAUGGGUCAGCUGCCGGUGCUGCGGACGGCGGAUGAGAAGAUUGACUUCGUGGCCCGGCGUGUCACGCGCCACGUCCGGACGAUGCCACCCAGUCACAACCCGCCGUACAAGGACACCAUUUCGGUGCCGUCCCGCGGUUACACUAAAAUACGCUUCCGGGCGGACAAUCCAGGAUUCUGGUUGGUGCACUGUCACUUCGAGUGGCAUCUCGGCAUCGGGAUGAGCUUCGUGCUGCAGGUCGGCGAGGUCGAGCAGAUGAAGCGAGCGCCGGAUGAUUUUCCACGCUGUGGCAGCUACAAACCGGACGUGUUUUCCCCCCGUCCUGCGCUGUGA